UCAAAUUCCUCCUCGGGAAUUGGGAACUAGCUCAUUAACUCCUCUGAGUCGCAUUGACCAAUCACAGUUAGCGUCAGGUCAUUAUCGGCUUGACGUCACUUUCUAUAGACCACAAAUAAUACUUAAGUGCUUGUAGCACACACUAAGAGUUAGUUGUUUUUGAGUUCGAGUUCUAGUUCAAGUUCAAUUUCCAAUUCACACUAAGAGUUAGAAGAGAAGUGUACAGACCAAUAGUCAGACAAGCGAAGGAAACCACCAAGCGAAUAAAAGACCAGAAAAUCCAUAAAAGUCUACGUGUGUGUACGGUGGGACGAGCUAGUCCGCCCCAUCCCAGUCAUCGGGAAAAACAUCCCACGUCACAGAUUCAAAUUCAUCCGGCAUAGUGUGGACGGGGCCUGAAAAGAAAUCUUAAUAGAACUGCCGGGCGACGAUUUUAUCGUCGAAGGGAUUCCGUGUACAUCUUUCUGACGGCUAACAGUGUUCAAGAAUAAUACGAAACUUAUCCUUAAAGAUGUGUUGGUGGGCGAAAUUCGCGCCAUUUUUUCUCAUCCUUCUUCUUUGCUCGGUGUUUGCGCUUGUCUUCAGUCAAGACACGUGUCCAGUUGUAAGAUACACUGGCAAAUUCAAUGAGAGUGACCACGUGAAAGACCACGCCCUGACUGGACGAUCCUACAAAAAUCUGACCACCAAUACCGUACAGGAGUGCUUCAGUGUCUGUAUCAAUGACUGUCGAUGUGUGUCCUAUCAACUAUCUGGUAGACGAUGUGAGCUGAUUGACGAGGACAGACACACAGCUCCUGACCUUUUUAAACGAUUGCCUGGAUACAAGUACUACGAACUGAAGCAACAGUUGAGAAAGUCCAACAGUGUUAGUUGUUCAAGUCAGUGUAAUAAUGGCUGUUGUCGUUAUUCUAAACCUUGUCUUAACGGUGGAACCUGCAUCGAGACGUGCCAAAACGUCACACACAAGUUUCAGUGCAAAUGUGCACAGGGUUUUGGUGGAAGAGUUUGUCAGAUUCCUCCUUCAUGUGCAGCGUACGUACAGGCACAUGUCUUUUUGAAGGUGUACUGUGAUAUGACGUCAGAGCCGGGGAUGGUGUGGACUUUGAUCGAGUCGUUUGCUUUUUCGAAGAGAGUAAAAUAUAUGAAAAAGCCAUUGACGAUAGAUUUCCCCACCAGCGAAGAAAGCUUUAACUGGAAAGAUUACCGUGUGUCACGCUUUGUCAUGCAAGGCAUCAGAAGUCACGCAACUCACUGGAGAGCCUCUUGUAACUACAACACCGAUGGAUUAGUCAAGACAGACUAUGUCCAAGGCCAGCUAAGUGACCUAGAUAUUGUGAACUACAGCAGUCGACAUGGAUGUUUUACAGUGAUAUACAUUAAUAUUCGUGGAGAAAGCUGUUGGAAUUGUACUUCCCACUUUCGCCAAGAUACGGUGCACAUAUUGAUUGAUAGCCAUCAAGGAAUCAGUCGAGAAUGUUCGUGGGAUGGAAGAAACCAGUGUCGACGUAAAGGCUGUGAUUAUUUUGGCAAGUACAAGGAAGGGGAAGUUAACCCAGAAUUUCGCUGCUCGACUACAAACGAAUCUACGACUCAGUGGUGGCUUGGGAUCAGCCAAUGAAAAAGCCCCGAAAAUCUUACGGUUAAGGGAAAUAUAGUACUCGUUUCAAACCAAAUUGCACAGAAUUGACCGAACUUUCAUUUCCCACCUGGAGCGUGGAAUUUUUUUCUUAGGAAACUUUUGGAAUUUUUUUCCUAGAAAAAUUUGCUUGACUAAACAGAACUGCAUGUACUGUUAUUAUGUAGCUUAGAUAGUACUCGAUCUCUGAUUGGUCGAGAACAGUGCUGUUUGUGAACGGACGCACGGUUGCUGAUGCCAUUCGCGGGCGCAGUCAACUUUGCAAAGAAGUGUAAU